AUGAACGCAAACGCCUCCCGCGCCUGGCUCUCCCACACCUUUUUCGAGAUUGCCGUCUACAUCCUUCUCACCAUUCUCCAACUCGACUUUGCGUUCACGUCUUGGUUUACAACCUCGGUGGUGUUGGUGGCUCGUCGCGAUCCGGCCGUGUGGUCGAGUAGGUCCAAGACGUACGACUGGGAAGCUGCCUAUGGAAAACCGCCCAGUUUGCUUGAUGAGAAUGGGGAUGGGAGACGAAGAGGGGCGGGGUCACCGUUAGAAGUCGUUCUCGGCCCGCCUUCAGAAAAGGGGAAAUAUGACGGCGAGUACGCCUGGUGGACACCAGUUUAUCAUCGGCCUGAAGCCAAGAGGAGCAAGACGUGGAAUGAUUAUUUCCCGACGAGGUGGACGGGGCCAAGGCCUCGUCUUGAAUCCACCCCACAUUUGCCGAUUCAGAACUUGCCACCGCCUACACCCUUUGACGCCAUCCCGCCCGUGCCCGCACUUCCCACCGAGCCCGUACCCGCGCUCACCAAACAACAUAUGCACAGUAGCAGCAAGGGCAGUAUCGGGAAUGGAAGCGAGAUGAGGGUGAACGUCACGUCUACCCCCAUCAUGGAGCACGAUCAAGAGCACGAGCAUGAACGCGAGAGUGAGCGCGAGCGGUAUUUUGAGCAAGAUUUGCAAAGGCAGAUGCAACAGUCGCCCGUUGCGCAUUCGGCUUCGUCUCAUCAGAGCCAUCACAGUCGUGACCGUACUCCAAGGCGCGAACUCAACCGGACUCCUACUCGCGACCGCACGCCUACGCACGACCGCGCCAACCCUUUGCCCGUCAAAGAACUCGACAUGAACCAAAUGCCCGUUUCCCCCCUCGACCCACACCUCAACGCCCAACCCAAAGGUGUGCCCGAGGAUAUCAGUUUGUCUGGCACGCCGUAUAGUGGGUUUAGACCGCUCUCGAUCGUGCAAUCGUUGUGGAGUCAUAGGAGGUCGCAGACGUAUCCUCAGGCUGGCCAAGAACAUGGGUAUGGUCAGUUUUUCCAUCAUCAUAGGCCACCACCGCCUGUGCCCCCUAUUCCCGAGCAGUACCGCCAGCAAGCGCAGCAGUCCACGUCGCAAGCACCGGUGGUGAAUGGGCAAAAGGAUGGACGUAAAGGCAUCUUGUCGAUUAAACCGCUCAAGCUUGGACGUGGCCGUGUGUCUGUGGACAAGACGAUGAUUGGGAUGCCAAAAGCGAUCACGUUGACGGUGAAUGGACCUGCGAUUGAUGGGGGUUCCCCUGAACAGUCGUUUGCUAAUCCUUCUUCGCCAAUGUUGCCCAUCAGUGUGCGCAGUCAUUCGAGGGGGAUGAGUUUGGAUUCUGGCAUCAACAAUAAUCAUCAUGGUGGUGGUGGUGCGAGUGCUGUGGUUACGAGUCCUCAUACGAGUUAUUCGGCGAGCAAGUAUUCGAGUGGGCUCAAGAGUAUUGGGUUGGGAGCUAAUGGCCGGUUCUCCGUCGAUGAAAUGGGACGGUUGCCUUCCCUUCCUCCUCGUUCCCCGCUUGGUGGUGUGCUUGAAGAAGAGAGGAGUGCGACGCCGAGUGUUCAAGGCAGUCGCAAAGCCGACGAGAUCAACAUCCGUCCUCCACCCGGUGCAAGUAGCGCCAAGGGCAGUAGUAAUCGUCACGACCCAAAAGAUACAAAGGGACGAGGAGCCGAGUUUGACCCCAAUUAUCUCUUCCCCGUUGCCAACACGAUCUCGUCGGUUGCUUCCCGGUCAUCGAGGUACUCGACGGGUGGAAUGACGAUCCCGCCUACCCCACCACCCAAGGACAACUGGCCCACCGCCGACGAGUUACUACCAUGCCAGCACGCUCCCCACCGAUUUGUCGAGACGCCGCAUCAGCAAUCCCCACUUUCGCGUGAGCCGUCCCAGUCGCACUCGUCGUCUUCCAAGCAGACGCAGAAGCAGUCACAGCAGCCACAGCAGCAACGAUCGACACCGCCUCUUGUGAGGUCGUAUAGUGCUCGUACGCAGCAAACUUAUGGUGAUAGCAGUGGUGGAGAACAGCGAAGAGUUCGAAGUCCAACUGGAUACAUUUAA